AUAUAGGCUGCCGAGAAACUCGGAAGUGCUUCCAAUCUUUUAAAGUGGCACGUCCUGCGUAAGGAGGACAAAAUUCAGCCAAAAUGAUCAGUAAAGUAAUCGGUCAGAAAUAUGUGGCCAUUGCCAAGUCAUGGCUCCCAACUAUGGCAGUAUGGGGAACAACUGGAGGUGUAGCCCUAGUGUACUUCACAGACUGGCGUUUGGUUUUGGAUUAUGUCCCCUAUGUCAAUGGCAAAUUCAAGAAGGAUGACUAACAUGUGUCAGGUCAGCGCUAUUUUUUGUUUUUACACAAGGACCUACAGAGAGACCACGGACUGCUGCAGCCAGGACCUUCCACUGCAUGGCAGGCCACCGGAGCCCAUCAUCUUCACCCUGCAGCUCAUUCAGCAGCAUUUGAACUGUUCACUACCAACGUCCAAUGAAAUGAUCCUUGGGUUUGGCAUUUCAGCGUUCUUCUGCCAGUAAAAACAUGAACAGAUGAAGAAGAAAACAGUCACGAUUUAAACGUGCUUUUGGUUUCUUUCCCUGUUCAGAUUAAGGACGUGUAUUUAUUGUAAUCAUCUGUGCUCUGUGGGUCAAAUUUGAUUCUUUUUUGUGAGAAGUAAAGUAUGUGCGAUUUCUCCUAUA